CCCUCGGGCGUGGGAGAUUUAUUUCCUCCUCCCGCUGAUUUCUAAGCAAACUUGUGGAGGGGGGGAAAGGAUCCCUCGGCAGCACAGAGUCGGGUUUUUUUCUGGUGUGGAUUUUUUUUCCAGUUGCCGUCCCCGCCGGGUUGCAGCGGGCUGCCGGGGACUUCGCCCCCUCUCCCUCCGGCUCCGCUUUUGUGCGUUCCCCGGCGGCCGGCGCAGCCCCCCCGGCACUGCGGCCGCCGCGGAGCCCCCCCCGGCCGCGGGGCGCCCGGCUCCUGCCCUUUUCUUUCCCCCGUGCCCGCCUGCCAAGGAAAGGCACAUGUUAAUACCACCCGGCGCGGGCAUUUUCUGCUACUGCUGCUGCGGGCUCCUCCGUCCGAGACAGAUGUUGCGAAACCAAGGCCUCCUCAAGUGCCGCUGCCGCAUGCUCUUCAAUGACCUGAAGGUCUUCCUGCUGCGGAGACCCCCCGCGCCGCCGCCGCCCUCCCCGCCGCCGCCGCUCCCCAUGCCCGGCGGCGCAGAGGCGGCGGCGGGGGCCGCACCGCCCGGGGGGCGCGGGCCCGGCUGGCGGGCGGCGGGCGGCGGCGGCGGCGCGGGCAGCCCGGCCGCCGAGGAGUGGGGCAGCCCCGCCGGGGAGCCGCCCGCCUCCCUGCCCAGCAGCACCUCCUCGGAUGACUUCGGCAAGGGCAAGGCCGAGGACCGCUACUCGCUGGGCAGCAGCGUCGACAGCGGCAUCCGCACCCCGCUCUGCAGGAUCUGCUUCCAGGGGCCCGAGCAGGGGGAGUUGCUGAGCCCGUGUCGAUGUGAUGGAUCUGUGAAGUGCACGCACCAGCCAUGUCUGAUCAAAUGGAUUAGCGAGAGAGGCUGCUGGAGCUGUGAGCUGUGUUACUACAAGUACCACGUCAUUGCCAUAAGCACAAAGAACCCUCUGCAGUGGCAGGCCAUCUCUCUGACAGUCAUUGAGAAGGUUCAGAUAGCAGCGGCCAUCCUGGGUUCCCUCUUCCUCAUCGCCAGUAUCUCGUGGCUCAUCUGGUCGACCUUCAGUCCUUCAGCCAAGUGGCAGCGCCAGGACCUGCUCUUCCAGAUCUGCUAUGGAAUGUACGGCUUCAUGGACAUUGUCUGUAUAGGUCUAAUAAUACACGAAGGGCCCUCGGUUUACCGGAUUUUUAAACGGUGGCAGGCGGUCAAUCAGCAGUGGAAAGUGCUGAACUAUGACAAAACAAAGGACAUGGAGGAGCAAAAAACAGGGACCAGGACAAAUCAGCGCCCCUCCUCCCAAACCACCCACUCGUCCUCCACUGGUGGUACAGCCACUAACUCCGCUCCGGCCGACAGCGGGGCACGGGCUGCCGGCCAUGCCACAGGCACCCUCUCUGACCACCACUGUGCUUAUACCAUCCUGCAUAUACUCAGCCACCUGAGGCCUCACGAACAGAGGAGUCAGUCUAGUAGUAACAGAGAGCUCGUCAUGAGGGUCACGACGGUCUGAGCCGAGGAAUUCAGGAGGCCUUAACACGAAGCAGAGGAGACAAAGAACUCAUAAAGCAGAGGAGCAUGGUGUGCCUUUUUCUUUCUCUUUCCUUUUCUUUUUUCUUUUUUUCUUCUCUCCUUUUCUUUUUUCAGUAACUGCACAAGAUAUAAGAGGCGGCACCUGGCCAGCUAAGGAAAAAAGCAGGUGGAGGGAGAGCUGCACACUCAUGCUAAAGAGGUUAAUGUUUUCCAGCCUGUUUAAAAAAAAGAAAAAAAAAAAAAGAAAAAAAAAAUAACAACACAAAUCACAAAAAAAACCAACAAAACAAGUGCAAUACAGACUACAAACUGAGUAGGCAGAGUUCUGGGGAAGCAGAGGAACAGACGGUUUAGCAUGUCUUACAAAUCCUAUUACCUGGAAUAGGUAACGCUCUGUGCACAGCCCCCGUACACACAUGCACGCGCACACAAACACACACGUAGUGUGAGAUUUAUAAAAACAUGGAAGGGAACGAAAUAUUUGGAGUGUUUUUAUUUUCCAGACUCCAGUUAACCAGGGCUAUGAGUUGUUUUGUUUCAUGAGUCGCUGGAGCCUUGUUUGAUAUACCAUGGGGUAUCUGAAGUGAAAUGGCUGGGGAUUUUUCAGUAUUGAUUUACAGAAGAGAGAUUGAAUCAUCUCACUAAGAAAAUCUUAACAAAAUCCAGGCAUACCCAAAUUUCACCAAGAAGCCUGUUUUUUUCAUAAUGUUCCUGACAAGGGGUUUGUGAGGGUAGAACUGGGAGGGGGGAGGGCGCUCCAUGACCUUUAUUUGACGUAUAGGCAUUUUUGGCAAAUUUUGUACAAAAGUUCCGCAGGUGUUUCAAGCACAAGUACUAGUGUGAUUCAUGCCUUCAUAACCCCAAAUCCAGCAUCCAGACCUUGCCACCCACACACAUCAUUUUCCAUGCAGACAUUCCAGGUUAAUUUCCUUCCAUUUUACUCUAAUCACAAGAAGCUGACCCACCUUUGGUGGGUUUCUGCUCCCUUGCUGAUUCAGACACUCAUACAUUAGAGAUGCACUUUUUUUCUUCUUUUUUUUUUGGUGUCUGUAUCUCUGCUGCUCAAUUUGCGACAGUCUCACUCAGUCUUGUAGGCUGAUCCUUUCACAUCCAGUCUGUUAGUUUAUUACAGAGUCUAUUCCAUUCAAUCAUCCAAAAGAGAGUUAGUCUGAAGAGGGAGCACAGUUGCUGACUGACUGUGUAGCACUUCUAAUAAGUCUUCUUCUCUGGGAUAUAUCCUCGAAGGUAUCGGUUGCUCUUCAGGAACAUUCUCUUUCAAUGCACAAUGGCUGAAUCAUUUGUGGAUAUUAAAGGGACACUGUCAAGUACUUUUUAAAUAGUUUUUAGGGUUUGGGCUUUUUUUACUCUCCAUUGUUUGUAAUAUUCUCUUACAAGCUUGAAAAUAAAAUUUCUUUCCCUACUGAUUUUGUCCUUUUCCAUUUGGGCAUGUACGGUUCUAUCCACUCACCCCAUUCCUUUCACCAUCCCCGUCCUUCUCCUCCCCACCUUUCUUCUGCGACAGGAGGAAAUCCAUAUUUCUGAUUUCCUGCUGACUGUCCUCAUUCUAUGGAGGGUACGUCCCAACUCUACGGGGUUGAGUCAUUUUGCAGCAGCCACAGAGAAGGCAUAAGAGCAGGAGGCUUAGAAAUGCUGAGACUAGCUAAUUGAGGAGCAAAAGCUAUCACAAAACAAUGACCCCAUAGUGAACCCAACUCCCUCCAAAACCAAGACAAUGUCUUCAGCCAAACUGCAUCCAUUUAGCAGCAGUGCCAAGCAAUGUUGCACA